UGUGUUUCUAAGAGAUCUGAUGCUAGACCUCAAAUCUCAAGUUUUUGAAGACAAACAAAAUGUCUUGUCCUCAUGGAAUAGCUCAUUCCCUCUCUGUAACUGGAAAGGGGUUACUUGCGGUCUUAAACACAAGAGAGUUACCAGUUUGAACCUUGGAGGAUUGCAGUUAGGCGGAGUGAUAUCACCAUCUAUUGGUAAUCUUUCCUUCCUCAUAUCACUUGAUCUCUCAGAUAACUCUAUUGGUGGAACCAUCCCUCACCAGGUGGGAAACUUGUUUAGACUUGAGUACUUAGAUAUGAGUCAUAAUUUUCUUGGAGGAGGGAUUCCAACUAGUAUGUCUAACUGCUCAAGAUUGUUGAGUCUUAGAUUAACUUCAAAUAGUCUUGGAGAAGGUGUUCCUUCAGAACUAGGAUCAUUGGCGAGGCUUGAAAUUUUAAAUCUUGGUCGAAACAACCUUAGUGGAAAGCUCCCUCCAUCUCUAGGAAACUUGACAUCACUCAUGCAAGUCAUCUUUUCAUCGAACAAAAUACAAGGAGGAGUUCCUGAUGCUCUAGCUAGAUUGAAUCAGUUAGUGUAUCUUGCAUUAGGAAUGAACAAAUUCUCGGGCGUUUUUCCUCCCUCCAUCUACAAUAUUUCCUCACUUAAGAUCUUGAACAUGUUUGGUAGUGGUUUCUCGGGUAGCCUAAAGCCUGAUUUUGGUAAGCUACUACCAAAUCUUCGACGUUUGCAUAUGGGACGUAAUCAUUUCACAGGACCGAUCCCCACAACACUUUCCAAUAUCUCAAAUCUUGAGAAUUUUGGAAUCGUGUUUAACAAAAUGAUGGGAAGUGUUCCUUCAAGUUUUGGAAAACUACAGAACUUGCAGUACCUAGCACUUGCCAGUAAUUCUUUGGGUAGUUACUCCUCUGGAGAUCUUGAGUUUCUCAAGGCUUUGACUAAUUGUACCCAACUUCAUACAUUACUUGUAAAUGGGAAUAGGCUUGGAGGUGACUUCCCUACCUCUAUUACGAACCUGUCCACCAACCUCUGGAAAUUAGACCUUGGAAUGAAUUUCAUCUCUGGAACCAUUCCUUAUGACAUUGGGAAUCUCAUCAGCCUACAAAAACUUAUGUUAGACGAUAACUUGUUGACCGGACCACUACCAAGUUCCAUUGGAAAGCUUUCUAGAUUGGUGGUAUUAAACCUCACUUCAAAUAGAAUGUCCGGAGAGAUACCUUCUUCAAUAGGUAACAUCACUCGGUUAGGAAAACUCUAUUUUUCCAACAAUAGUUUUGAAGGAACCAUUCCUCCGAGUCUUGGUCAGUGCAGAUUCAUAUUGUAUUUGCGGAUUGGGUCUAAUAAGUUGAAUGGGACUAUACCUCAGGAGAUUAUGCAAAUUCAGUCCCUUGUUCACCUCGACUUGUCAGAUAAUUCCUUGACAGGCUCUCUGCCAAAGUAUAUUAAACCACUAGAGGGUCUUUGCACACUGUCUGUUGCGCAUAAUAAAUUAUCCGGGCAACUCCCUCAAGUCUUGGGCAAAUUUCUCUCAUUGGAGAAUCUUUAUCUACAAGGAAAUUUUUUUGAUGGUGAUAUUCCAAACAUAAAAGGGUUGAUGGGUGCUAAAAGACUUGAUUUCUCGAGCAAUAAUCUCUCUGGAAGUAUACCUGGAUAUUUUGUAAACUUUUCUUCUUUGGAGUAUCUCAAUCUAUCCAUUAACAAUUUCCAGGGAAUGGUGCCAACAGAAGGAAACCUUAAGAAUGCUACUCUACUUUUAGUAUUUGGAAACAAAGAUCUAUGUGGAGGCAUCAAGGAGCUGAAACUAAAGCCAUGUAUUAUGCAAGUACAUGCAAUGGAGACAGGCCAUUCCUCUCUUGUGAAGAAAAUUUCCAUUGGGGUUAGCAUUGGCAUAGCUUUUCUCUUGAUGUUGUUAAUAGCUUAUAUUUCUCUAUGUUGGUUAAGAAAAAGAAAGAGGAACCAGCAGCAGACCAAUCAUCCAACUUCUUCAUCUGCACUAGAGGUUUGUCAUGAAAAGAUAAGUUAUGCAUAUCUACAAAAGGCGACAGAUGGCUUCUCUUCCAGCAAUAUGAUUGGAUCAGGCAGUUUUGGCACUGUGUUUAAGGCAUUGCUCCCAACAGAGAACAAGGUUGUUGCAGUGAAAGUUCUAAACCUACAGAGACGUGGAGCUAUGAAGAGCUUUGUGACAGAAUGCGAAUCUCUCAAGGACAUAAAGCAUCGUAAUCUUGUGAAACUAUUGACGGCUUGUUCGAGUACUGAUUUUCAAGGAAAUGAUUUCAGAGCUCUUGUCUAUGAGUUAAUGCCAAAUGGAAGCCUGGAUAUGUGGCUGCACCCUGAGGAAGUGGAAGAGAUCCGUCGACCCUCAAGAGCCUUGUCCCUCUUUGAAAGGCUCAACAUUGCCGUUGAUGUGAUUUCCGUUUUGGAAUAUCUUCAUGUUUAUUGCCAUGAACCUAUAGCUCAUUGCGAUCUCAAGCCGAGCAACGUCCUCCUAGACAAAGAUCUGACUGGUCAUGUUAGCUACUUUGGCAUUGCUCGAAUGCUCAUGAAACUUGAUCAAGGGUCUUUAUUCAACCAACUAAGCUCGGUCGGCGUCAGAGGAACCAUCGGCUAUGCCGCACCAGGUAAAUUUUAUCACACAUCAGUAUUGUUUUAGUGAAGAAAAUCGUUGUUUAAUAAGAAAGUUUUUGAUUGAAUAAAUUUUACAUUCAUUCGGAAAAAAAUAAUUGUUGUGAAUUAUGGUGCAGAAUAUGGAAUGGGAGGACAACCAUCUAUAUAUGGUGCUAUGUAUAGCUUUGGCGUUCUUCUUUUGGAAAUGUUCACUGGAAAAAGACCAACAGAUGAGUUAUUUGGGGGAAACGUUACCCUAAACAGCUACAUCAACUUGGCGUUUCCAGAGAGGGUGUUGGACAUUGCAGACAAUUCGAUUCUUAAUUGCGGUCUUAGAGUUGGUUUCCCUCUUGAUGAGUGCUUGACACUGGUGUUGGAGGUGGGACUUAAGUGUUGUGAAGAAACACCGAAGAACCGUUUAGCAACGAGUGAAGCCAGAAAGGAUUUAAUCCUAAUCAGAGAGAGAUUCUUUAAACAUUGAUGUGUUUAUUGUUUCCUCUGCAGACUUUGCAACCCACUUAAAAGAAGGAAUCUGAGACCUAUAUAAUAUUGCCUUUCAUAAUUUGUGGUGUUUUACUCAGUUAAACAUGAUUAUGCUUGCAGGAUGCUAUGUUAUAUGCAGACAAUGGAAUAAAUGUUGUGUUACCA